AUGAAUCCAGCAGCAAAAAUAAUUGGUCUCCGUCAAGGUCAUCCUUUGAGGGUGGUGAAUGGUCAGGAUUCGCCUUGGGGCAGCCAGCCUCCAGCUACACCAAGCUUGGAGGAUCCCAGAUCUUCGUCUCCGGCCUUCGAGACCUGGACUCCACUUCGAUCCGUCGACCCUUUGGUGUCGCCUUGGCUCAAAGCUCCCUCAUCUCCAUUGUGGCCCGUUAGUCCACCGGCUCCGCCAGGCUUCCUCGUUCCUCCGGCUCCACCUUGGUCAUUCGUCGACCUGCCCUCGCCUCAGGACUACACUCCUCCGGCUUCGCCUCAUCCCUCCAUCCCUCCGGCUCUGUUGGGCUCCUCUCUCCCUCCGGCUCCGCCUUGGUCCUCAGUCACUCCGGCUCCACCGCGGCCUUCCGGAACCCCACCUUCGCCUCGGUCGCCAGAGCCGUCGGCUCCACCAUGGCCCUCCGAUCCCUCAGUGUCACCCUGGCUCUUCGGCUCUCCGUCUUCACCUUGGGCCCCCCGUCCACCGGCUCCGUUUCUGUCAGUCGGACCCCUGAGACCUCCUGUUUCACUCCCCUCAUGGUUCCUCCCUCCAUCAACUCCACCGUGA